AUGGACCGCCGCCUCCGAGCCUUACCGCGCGCCUCCGAGCGCCACCACCAGCAGCAGCACCAGCGGUUCCUCCGCCCCGGCGCGCUCGCGCGGCUCCGGGACUCGAGGAUCGUGGCCCGGUCCGUCCGGUCGUCGGCGUGCCUCCUGCUCCCGCGGUCCGCCCCUCCGUCCCCCGCGCGGCCAGUCCUCGCCGCGGACGAGCAGCCCGCCGCGCCGCGUUUCCUGGGGACGACGAGCGGCUCGGGGCGGUACCCGCUCCGCAGGAGGGUCGCCGCCGCCAGGGGCGUGUCGUUCUUGCCUCCGCCGUCGCCGUAG